AACAACAACACCGGAACGUAAAUAUAAAAAUCUUGAAGACUUCAAAACAUAUGAAGAAUUUGAUAUGAGAUUAAUUGAAAUAAUAAGAGGAGAAACGCCGGCAGAUAUUAAUGAUAAAUGUCUUCAAUUAUGUAAAGACUAUUUGGCUGGAGAUUGGCUGAACCAGACACUGGACACCAUAGAAGUGACCAGAAUAUCGGGUGGUUAUUGUAAUCAAUUAUAUAGAUGUGCUAUUAGUAAUCCCAAAAAUCUAGACGAACCUCAUGAGGUGGCCGUACGGUUGUAUCAAAGCAAAUGGUUUAAUAAAGAAAAUAGCGGCGGAUUUGAGAGACUCAAUGAUAUAGUUAUUACGGUUUUUAUAUCGCAACACAAAUUAGGACCAAAAGUAUUGGGUUUGUUUGAUGGCGGAGAGAUACAGUUGUUUUAUAAGCACAAAUUAUUGCAUAUUGAAGAGCAAAGUAAUGCUAAAUAUAGUGAACAGUUGUUUCGUACGAUAGCACGCAUUCACUCACUGGAAGCGCCACUUAAGAAACAACAUUGGAUUCACAAUGAACUGACCAAUGGGUGGGAACAGGCAAAACAACAGUUCCCAAUUGAUCAGCUCUUAGAUGAAUACGAUUGUCAAACAUUGAAGAAAUAUGAUUUAGGAAAAGAGAUUCAUUGGUUAAACAAAACUAUUGAAGAGCUUAACUGUCCGAUGGUUUUCUCACACAAUGAUGUCGUUCAUUCAAAUAUCAUGAUUUUGGACAAACCUGAUGACAGCGGCAAUUGUAUAAUGCUUUGCGACUACGAGUACGCCAGUUAUGGCUACAGAGGCCAGGAUUUGGGAUCAAUUAUAUGUGAAUGGGGUCGUCCCUGGACUGACUUCAAAUCAGUUCAUAAGUUUAUCGACGACUCACUUAUUGAACAAUUUCUUCGACAUUAUAUCGAUGAAAAUGUCAAUAUAUUUGGUGACAAGUAUUUGGAAAAUGAAAAUAAUUCAUUGAAUCAAUUAAUGAAAGAAACAAAAGUGUUUGCACUGGUAUUCAGAAUGAUGGUAAUACAGUGGGCUAUAAAGGGUAAUGGAGAUACUGAUGUCACUCCAAUCAAUAAAAAUAUAUCAAUUAAAUUGGCUGAAAAUGAAUAUAAAAACUAUUGGCUUCUGAAAAAUCAGUUUAAAAAGCAAAAAAUAUUUUAA